GCGCGCUGCACUGCAGCCGCACUGCACUGGAGCGGCGCGAGCUUAGCAGAAGCCUUCCAGCCACAACGAUUCUUUCAGAGAGCCACGAGAUACUGCUCGCUCACUGAUCAUCCCGCCUGCUAGUUAGAAAGUAAUACAGCUGCUGUAGCCUCAGAGCAGCUACCGGGUGUCCGUCCGAGAGAAUGCGCGGCAGCUCGAUGGGUUGCCUACUCACUGGUGUGCAGGCGCGGCGGGAGAGAAUGAAGUGCCUAUGGACGACAAAACCGGAUAGUGGAAAGCCCCGGCAGACGCUCACGAUGAGCGCACUCCUGGCCACCCGCCUCGAGGAGGUCUCCCCGACUCAGCGGCGCACGGCACUCAAGCUUCUCUGGAUGGCGUUGCAUGGCACGUGGUUGUCGAUUGCGUCUAACAUCAUCGUCGUUUCAUUGGCUAUCAUGGACUGCUUAACAAAGAACACCUACCUGGCUGCUAGCCUGGGCACACGUUUCGUGACCGGCAUCGUGGGCUGCAGCACAGCGCAGAUCUUCUACAUUUUUCGCAGAGCAGCCCUGGGCGCCGCCCUGGAGCGCAUGUCUGUCGUUGCAAAGGAUCUGGAGGCUCUUCAAAACCCUUUCAUAUCAGCGGAACUAGAGCGUGUGGCAGCCCAGUGCUACCGCUUGAGGCGAAUCGUUCUGGCUUACGAGGGCAUGGUUGUAGUGUCCAUCUUGCUGCCAACGCUACUGGCCGGCCAGCUCAGCAUGCCAACGUGGCCGCGUCCGGAAGACACAGCAGCACCCAGGCUCGUGUACGCAGCAAUGUUUACCGUGCAGCUGAUAACGGGAACGAGCUGCCCGAUUGCGUUUUAUUCGUUUGUUGGGUUGUUGGGCUCGGCGCACAUGGCUUGCGCCGCUCUUUUCCGUGGUGCCGGCACGGCCGUCGCGACGGCGCGAGGCACGGUGGAGCUGCGAGUAGUGACACAACUUCAUGCAGUUCUCUGCGAGUCAGCAUCACUUCUAGACGCUGUGACUUCGGCUGGCUUGCCUAUGCUGUUUGUCGGCGUACUGGCGCUGCCCAUACAGGGCACUUACGACGCCGUGCAGGGCCAAGUAGAUGGCUACCUCCUCUCCUCAGCGCCCAUAAUAAUCGUCGUAUUCGUGCCCCUGUGCUACAGCGCUCAGGCCAUGUCGGACGCGAGCGCCGAGGUGGGAUUGUCCGCGUACCGGGGAGCGUGGCCGGCCGAGGACGCGCGCGCCCGCUUCAUCCGCACCAUGGUGAUGCUGCGCGCCACGCGUCCGGCCCAGUUCACCUGCAAGGGGCUGGGUGCCGUGGGCCUGCCAGCUUGUCAGUCCGUCCUCAGGUCGUGGUUCUCUUACCUGCAGAUGCUCCUGAACUUUGCCAAGGACGGCGGCUAACCGAGGGUGAACUCACUGCACAGUUCUCUGUUCGUCAGUCAGUACACUCUAUGUAUCGUAAUUAUUAAAUAAAUAUGUGACGGCAAAGGUGA